AUGAACUCCACCCCUGACGCCUAUGAACUCCACCCUGCGCAGGUCCCGGGCGGGGUGAUGCUCACGAAGCGAACGGAGGGCGAGAAGAACGAGCACGGCGGCGGCGAAGACGACGACGACGACGAAUUCGUCGGUUCGCGCGACGGACCGUCGCGAAGCAGCGUCGACUUCGACGACCUCGUCUCCGGGUUGGACUUCGGCGACGGCGACGGCGAAGGCGACGGCGCGGUGGGGGGGGACUUCCAGGUGACGACGCGGAGGCUGGGCGAGCCCGACAUGCCUCGCGCGGGCGGCGGCGCUUCCUCGCGAGCGUCGACGUACAGAGAGACCGCGGACGAGAUCCAGCGAACGCGCGAGGCGCGCAUCGCGAGAGAUUCUAUGCCCGGGACGUGGCGACCGGGGCGGGGCGCCGCAGCCGCCGCGAACGCGGACGUCGCGCCGUACGGGAUGAACAUGGAGGCGCGCGGAUCCGGAUCCGGAUCCGGACGCGGCGACGCGUCCGCGUGGCGACGCGAGCCCGUUCGCGAGCGCGCGCCGCGGCCGCGUCUCUCGCGGAACUCCGGCGCGGCGAACAACGACAAGCCCGCGUCGCUCGCGGCGACGCGGCGGUCGAACGCGCGCGCGGCGCCUCGAGGGAUCGUGCAGCCGCUCCCGCCGCGCCCGGCGCGACGACGACUCGCGCCGCCGCUUCCGCCGCAGAACAACAACAAGGGCACCUCCGCGACGGUGACGCGCGUCGACGUCGACGCGUCGACGUCCCCCGUCCGACGCCGCCGCGUCCGCGUCAGCGCGCCGGGCUCCGCGAACGACGCGGCGCUCGCCUCGCGUCCCUCCGCGUCGCUUCGAGCCGCGAGCGAGGGCGGGCGCGCGGCGGCCGCGCGGCAGCCGAGACGCGAUCCGGGGGACGCGCUCCCUGGGGGGUUGCGCGGCGUCGGCGCGGCGUCGGUGGCGGCGUUGGCGUCGUUGGGGGUGACGACGGUCGGGGAGCUCGCGGGGAUGAGCGACGCGGACGUGGAGACGGCGAAGACGCGCGCGCCGAAGCUGAAGCUGGGGCACUUGCGGAACGUCGCGCGCGUCGCCGUCGGAGCCGGCGAGGAGUGA